AUGAUUGAAAACGAACUUGACUUUCCUGGAGAGAACGCCAUGAAGGUCGUGAGGGAAAAUUAUGAACAUUGGACUGCUGCCAACAAUAAUGCCAAGGCGUACAUGCUCGCCAGCAUGUCAAAAACGUUAAGGACUAAGAUAGAGGAUGUCAAAAUUGCUUACUACAUCAUGGAAAAACUCCAAGAAAUGUUUGGGCACAAGUCGACUCAAGCUAGUUUUGAGGCUACCAAGAAAUAUGUGAACUGUAGGAUGGCACCUAGCCAUCAUGUUUAUAAUCAUUUCAUUAAGAUGAAGAACUACUUCCAAGAAGCUGAGUUGCAUGGAGCAAUAGUAGAUGAGAAGACUCAAGUCAGAAUUAUUCUCAACAGCCUUGCACCUAGUUUCCUUACAUUUACUAUUGAGAUUGGUUAA